GCCCCGCAGCUGACGAUGGCGGAGGGCUGGCGCUGGAGCGAAGCGGGCCGGGGCCCCCCGCGGCCGAGCCCCCGCCGCGCCGUCAGCGUUUGCGAGUCCCUGGACCUGCAGGGCGUCCCCGCCGUGCAGGCCGCCCUCAAAGCCGCCCAGCAGCAGCGGCGGCGGCCCAAGAGCUUCUGCGCGGCGGGGAACGGGCUGGCGGCCGGGGCCCUGCUGCCCCCGCCGCCGCCCGCCAGGGCCCGCGGUAGCCUUUUGGACUUCUUCAGGCUGCGCUCGCCCCGCAAGCCCGACCCGGCGGGAGAGUGCGAGGGCGAGGGCACGGAGUCCCUGCUCGACGGCGCCGACGGGGCGCAGCGCCCGCGCCCCAGCAGCAUGACUUUCCUGCCCUCGGCCCGGCAGCCGCACAUCCCCGAGAGCCCCGGCUUCCUCCGCGGGGGCUCCCUGUGGGGUAGCCGCCGAUGGAAUCUCUUUGGGGGCAGCGGCUGGAGCAGCCCCGGCCCCAGGAAGAACUUCAGCUCCCUGCGCAAAAGCUUCAGCUUCCGUCUGCGACGGGGCCACGAGCUGCGGAGGUCAGAGUCAGGGGGGCUCCUGCGCCCCGCGCGUCUCCGCACCAAGAGCGAAGGGGAUGCCAGCUCCCUGCACACCUGCCCCAGCAAGCGGGACCUGCUCUAUCCGGAGCUGGCCAGGGUUGGGGGCAGGCUGCACGCUGAUGCCGGGCAGCCCGGGGGACUCUGGAAGCUCCUCACGAGCCGCUUCCGAAGGCGAGAGCGCGCUGGCACCAGUGGCGCGUGCCCCAGUAACCCCCACGGUGGUGCCGAGCCUGUCCUCCUGGGCAGUGGUCCGCUGCGAGCACUGGAUUCGUUUGUGAACAGCCAGGAAUGGACCCUGAGUCGCUCUGUGCCUGAGCUGAAAGUGGGCAUCGUGGGGAACCUGUCCAGUGGCAAGUCAGCCCUCGUGCACCGCUACCUGACCGGCACCUACGUGCAGGAGGAGUCUCCAGAGGGUGGACGAUUUAAGAAGGAGAUCGUAGUGGAUGGUCAGAGUUACUUGCUGCUGAUUCGAGAUGAAGGGGGCCCCCCUGAACUCCAGUUUGCUGCCUGGGUCGAUGCUGUGGUGUUUGUCUUCAGCCUGGAGGAUGAGAUCAGCUUCCAGACGGUCUACAACUACUACCUGCGGCUCUGCAGCUACCGGAACACAGCGGAGGUGCCGAUGGUGCUGGUGGGGACGCAGGAUGCCAUCAGCGCCACAAACCCCCGCGUCAUUGACGAUUCUCGGGCACGGAAGCUUUCCAAUGAUUUGAAGCGUUGCACGUACUAUGAGACCUGUGCUACCUACGGGCUGAAUGUGGAGAGAGUCUUCCAGGAUGUGGCUCAGAAGGUGGUGGCUCUACGGAAGAAACAGCAGCUUUCCAUUGGCCCCUGCAAGUCCCUGCCCAAUUCACCCAGCCAUUCGUCUGUCUCUGCAGCCUCCAUUCCUUCUGUUCACAUCAACCAGGCUACCAAUGGUGGAGGAGCCUUCAGUGACUACUCCUCCUCUGUGCCCUCCACACCUAGCAUCAGCCAGCGGGAGCUGCGGAUUGAGACCGUUGCUGCCUCCAACACACCCACCCCCAUCCGCAAGCAAUCCAAGCGGCGCUCCAACAUAUUCACGUCUCGAAAGGGUGCGGACCCGGAGCGGGAGAAGAAGGUGCCGGAGUGUAAAGCGGACAGUAUCGGCAGCGGGCGGGCCAUUCCUAUGAAGCAGGGCAUUCUCCUCAAACGCAGCGGCAAGUCUCUCAACAAGGAGUGGAAGAAGAAGUAUGUGACGCUGUGUGACAACGGAGUCCUCACCUACCACCCCAGCCUGCAUGAUUACAUGCAGAACGUCCACGGGAAGGAAAUCGAUCUGCUGAGAACUACAGUGAAGGUACCGGGCAAGCGGCUACCCAGAGCAACAACAGCAGCAGCGCCCAGUGCCAGCCCCAAAGCCAAUGGGCUUGCGAAGGAGAGGAGCAGCACUCAGCUCACAGGAGGCACAGGUGCUCCCCACUCGACCAGCAGCACCUCCCUGCACUCAGAGCGCUCCAUCAGCGGCAUCAACCUGGUGGGCUUCAGCUCCAAGCCGGACGGCAUGCACCAGCGCUCCUACUCGGUCUCCAGUGCAGACCAGUGGAAUGAGGCUGUGGCCAUCCCUGGUAGCUGCCCCAACCCCUCUAACGGUACUGCCGAUUCUCUCAGCUCCAGCCCAAAUAUUUCCAGUGCUGCCAGCCCGAAGCUGGAGCCACCUCCAUCACCACAUGCCAACAGGAAGAAGCAUCGCAGGAAAAAGAGUACAGGGACGACUCGGCCUGAUGGCCCCAGCACGGCAGCAGAAGAACCAGAUGAGCCAUUUGAGUUCAUUAUAGUUUCCCUGACGGGCCAGACAUGGCUCUUUGAGGCCUCAACGUCAGAGGAGCGAGAGCUUUGGGUCCAGGCCAUUGAGAGCCAGAUCCUGGCCAGCCUGCAGGGCUGUGAGAGCAGCAAAAACAAGGCUCGGCUGGGCAGCCAGAGCGAUGCACAGGCCAUGCAGGCCGUCCGCACCGCCCGUGGGAACAGCUUCUGUGUGGACUGUGAUGCACCAAACCCGGACUGGGCAAGUCUCAACCUGGGUUCCCUUAUGUGCAUUGAGUGCUCUGGGAUCCAUCGCAACCUGGGCACCCACCUGUCCCGUGUGCGCUCCUUGGACCUGGAUGACUGGCCUAGCGAGCUUCUCAUGGUCAUGACAGCCAUCGGCAACGCCCUGGCCAACGCUGUCUGGGAAGGAACGGUGGAAGGCUACCCCAAGCCCACCCCGGAGAGCAGUCGGGAGGAGAAGGAGCGCUGGAUCCGGGCCAAGUAUGAGCAGAAGCUGUUCCUGGCUCCGCUGCCCCAGUCGGACAUCCCGCUAGGGCAGCAGCUGCUGCGGGCUGUGGUAGAGGAUGACCUGCGCCUCGUGGUGACGCUGCUUGCCCACGGCACCAAGGAGGAAGUGAACGAGACCUACGGGGAUGGAGAUGGGCGCACAGCGCUGCAUCUCUCCUGCGCUAUGGCCAACGUGGUCUUCACGCAGUUGCUCAUCUGGUACGGGGUGGACGUGAAGAGCCGGGAUGCUCGGGGCCUGACCCCGCUGGCCUACGCCCGGCGAGCUGGCAGCCAGGAGUGCAUCGACAUCCUGCUGCAGCACGGAUGCCCCAGCGACAGUGCCGUCACCACACUGACCCCCAGCCUGCCCCGCCGCAACACCAACGCCAACAACAAUGCCUGCACCGUGGUGCCAGCUGAGCUCAGCUCCAGCCCCAGUGCUGUGUAGCUCCUGCUCACUGUACAGCCACCUUCCAGCCCUGCCAGGGGACCAGAGCCACUGGAGCGGGUCUGAGGGCA